AUGUCACCUUUUGGCGUUACAGAAAACGGGGAUACGACAUACGAAGGGCGUGAGCGCGAGAAACCAAGGGAGUACGUAAAGAAACGAUGGCAAGGCUUGGUAUAUCGGCAGACAUGCAGGCUACGGCAUCUGGACAGGGCUACGGCCGUCUCUUUCCAACGGGGGAUUUUUCUCAUCACUCCCAUCCUCGUUCUGAAGUUUUUAAAAGGGACUGUCGCUCAGCCUUUCCUUCUCGCUCUGCUUUCACCCAUUGCUUUCGCUGCUCAGCCCAUAUCUGCCGCAUUGUACCAACAGUCCUUAAUAGAACGGGCUCAAAACUUGUGGUUCGAACUCGAGCAUCUCGAGCAUGAGAGGCAGCGCCUUCUCCAACGCAAGAUCUUCGAGGAUCAAAUGCACGCCUUGGAGGUGCAACAGGCCCAGGAACUGCUGAACAUCCCAUACGACCCAUCUGUAAAUGGCAACAACUUUGCUGUCUCUGCACCUACCACGCCCCCGCAUGUCAAUGCAGUUCUGAACAGCGACGCUAGCCAUGGAUAUCGUUUGGGACGACGGCUGCCUUUGGACGCCGAAUGUCUCUCACAAGCAGUGGGAAGUGCAGUCGCUGACAAGCGCAAGUCGGUCACUUACGCCCCCUCGGUCAACCUCUCCCCCGACCUUGCGGCCACGACCAACGGGUUCACACGGAAUCCCGGUGCUAAAAGCAUGCCUGCUAGUCGCUGCACGUCCGCUAGUAGUCAUGAUGAAGAAUUGGCUAGUCAAUUGCAUGGACUUUCCUUCGGUGGCGAUCGUUCAAAUAGAGCUUCCCCUGUUCCAGGAUCUAACUCCACAUCCAUUCUAGCUAAAGGUAGCAGUCACUUCAUGGACGAUGAAGGUGCACGGUACACUAGCACUUAUAACGCUGGUAUGAUGUUGGAUGAGCAGCUUGACCAAGAGAUGCACAAUGCAAUGAGACACCUCCCUACUUCUGAUGAGGACAAGUUUGGCAACUCGUAUCCCCAGAAGACAUCAUCCGCAGCUCUUGACCUCGCUCACAUUUCGCAAGCUACAUCGCCUCAAGCAUCGUAUUCUUCUCUGUCAGCAGAGCCACAUGAGAAGUCAUCUGAGUGGCCACCUUUCCCAAGCCACCCUCGUGCGCCAGAAGGGCUUUCAUCUCGCAACGAACAUCACAAUGUCACAAGUCCCAAUGUUCCAUUGCAUGAUAUGAAGCUUGCGGGUGUGGUAUCUGCAUCCGCAACCCCUCUUCUACAGCAACAUUCGCAGUCCUCUCUUUUGCUGUCGUCUCGCCGUGGAUCUCCACCUUCUUUCUUAGACACGCUAGCCUCUACCCGAUCUGUCACUGCAACAACGUUAGGUACCCCUAGUGCGGUGCCUCACAUUCUCAAGACCCCGGGAACCCCGUGCACACCCGAUACGGGCGUCUUGAGUCCUUGCAUUACUUCACAUGGGUCUUCCUUUGGCGACCAUAGCCCCAUCAGUGCGAGCGACCUAGGCGCUUCGUUGACCCGCCUUCCGUCUGGCCAGUUUGAUGGUAGCUACAGUCCUAAUGGCUCAGCCCUUGAUGACUCCAUGCAGUCCGGCGUUGAUUCCAGGUGUGGCAUGAACGGCAGUCCGUACGGGUGUGCCACCUCAGCGAACAGCACGAAAAGUGGUUCAACAGCAUUGUAUCGCCACAAUGGUUCUCGAUACGGACUCAGUGCUCCAGCCAGGCCUAGCGUUGGUGGACGAGAUAGCAAGAUGGGUGGGCUUCACGGUCCUAAGCACAACCGCGGAGACAUCGACAGGGAAUUCAACCGCUUGGCAGGCACUCGAUUGGAAGACCUCCAGGGGGAAAUAGCGACUAUGUGCAAGGAUCAACACGCCUGCCGCUUCUUACAGAAAAAGUUGGAAGAAGGCGUUCCAGAGCAUCGGGAUAUGAUCUUCCGUGAGACUUUUAAACAUUUCCCAGAGCUAAUGAAUGAUCUAUUCGGUAACUAUCUCUGCCAGAAGCUGUUGGAGUAUUCCACGGAUGAACAACGGAAUUUGAUUUGCGAGUCUGUUGCGCAAGAUCUUGUCAAUAUUUCCCUCAACAUGCACGGAACGCGCGCAGUUCAGAAAAUGAUUGACUUCCUUUCUACUCGACGCCAGGCAAGUCUUGUAAUAGUUAUUCGUUCCAUAAUUCUUGCGCUAAGCCUGCACGUCGUAGUCCUGGUGAAGGAUCUGAAUGGAAACCAUGUCAUUCAAAAAUGCGUGAACAAAUUGGCCCCCGAAGACAAUCAGUUCAUCUACAACGCUGUUGUGGCAAAUUGCGUCGAGGUCGCUACUCAUCGGCAUGGGUGUUGCGUUCUCCAGCGCUGCAUCGAUCGCGCUUCGGAGAGCCAGGGAAUUCAGCUCGUCAACGAGAUCACCUUCAAUGCCUUGACGCUUGUCCAAGAUCCUUACGGCAACUAUGUUGUUCAGUAUAUCUUGGAUCUCAACGACAGUCGUUUCAGCGACGCUGUAAUCCGUCAGUUCCAGGGCAAUGUCUGUGCUCUGUCCGUUCAGAAGUUCAGCUCGACCGUUAUCGAGAAAUGUGUCCGUGUAGCAGAGCACGCCACACGCAAGAUGCUAAUCGAGGAGUUCCUGAAUCAUUCGCGUUUGGAGAAGCUUCUCCGCGAUUCGUGCGGUAACUACUGCGUGCAGACCGCUCUCGAUUAUGCCGAACCCAACCAGCGCGCACUCCUCGUCGAAGGGAUUCGUCCUCUCCUUCCCCUGAUCCGCAAUACGCCCUACGGCAAACGCAUUCAGAACAAACUGCAACGUGAGCAGAAGGAUCAAUUGCACGGUUUCAAUCAACAGGCGCUCACCAUGGCACUGGCCACUCUAGGUAUCGGCGGACACGGAGCAGCGCGCCACAUGCACUCGCUCCAAGCACAAGGCCUGGAUGGCUAUGUCCUUCAAGGCGGGUCCCCGCAUGCGUCUGGAUUGCCUGCACCUGCCCAUCUUGGCGGAUUCUCGAAUUCCUUUGCUGGCGUGAGCCCCUUUGCUGGUGUUGGCCUUGCUGGCCCCAUCGCUGAUCCGUACCAGAGGGUGUCCUUUGGCUAUGGCAUGUAA